UUCAAAAACAAGCAUUUUGAGCGGCAUCUGGAAAGUUCGGGAAUCGUUUGCGGAUAGAAUUGUGCAGUUAGAAUUGUUAAUUGUUUUCGUUAUUCUUUGCGAGUUAACAAUGGGUGAUGAUGAGAUGCUGAAAGCUAAACUGGCUGUACCAGGAGAUGAUACAGUAUUCGGAAAAAUUUUACGAGGUGAAAUUCCAACUACUUUCAUAUAUGAAGAUGAUAAAUGCGUGGCUUUCAAAGAUGUCAACCCUCAAGCACCUGUUCAUAUUUUGGUUAUUCCUCGAAAGCCUAUCAUCCGAUUGAGUGUUGCUGAAGAGGAAGAUGCCCCUUUAAUUGGCCAUUUAAUGCUUGUGGCGAAGAAAGUUGCAAAAGAGCAGGGUUUGGAUAAAGGCUUCCGUGUUGUUGUGAAUGACGGUCCCGAUGGAGGACAAUCAGUGUAUCAUCUUCACGUCCAUGUUUUGGGUGGGCGUGCUCUUCGCUGGCCACCUGGUUAAAAAAUUUGUUUAUGGAUAUUUCCGAGCUUUCCCAAAAAUAUUUUGAGCACUUUUCCUGCAGCUCUAAAUGUAACUGUAUACCAUAUUGGAUAUUGGCAUCAGAAGCUAAAUAAAGAAGUGAAAUUUCUUGAAUUUA